AGUACGUGGUUUUGUUAAUAAAGGGAGGUGAUUUUUUAGCUUACUUUAGAGGUCUCUACCAUCUCAUCGUCCUCUUUUUCUAGACGGGCUCUCUCUGUACCCGUCUUCUUGUGAACUUCGGCAGCAGUUUAUCCAAUAUCAUCGAAAAUGGUGAACUUCACAGUAGAUGAAAUUCGUGUCAUGAUGGACAAGAAGAGGAACAUCCGUAACAUGUCUGUCAUUGCUCACGUUGACCAUGGAAAGUCUACAUUGACAGAUUCUUUGGUUGGCAAGGCUGGCAUCAUCGCUGGAGCCAAGGCUGGUGAAAUGCGCUUUACUGACACCCGUAAAGAUGAACAGGAGCGUUGCAUUACCAUUAAGUCAACUGCUGUGACCAUGUACUUUGAGAUGUCUGAGAAGGAUUGUGCUUUCAUCACCAAUCCUGAACAACGUGAAUCCACUGAGAAAGGCUUUUUGAUCAACUUGAUUGAUUCACCUGGUCACGUUGACUUUUCAUCUGAGGUAACAGCUGCUCUUCGUGUAACUGACGGAGCCCUGGUCGUCGUCGAUUGCGUUUCUGGCGUCUGUGUGCAGACCGAAACUGUGUUGCGUCAGGCUAUUGGUGAACGUAUCAAGCCUAUCCUUUUCAUGAACAAAAUGGACCGUGCGCUCCUCGAGCUCCAACUUGACCAGGAAGCUCUCUACCAAACUUUCCAGCGUAUUGUUGAAAACGUCAACGUCAUUGUUGCUACUUAUGCUGAUGAUGAAGGACCCAUGGGUGAGAUUAGCGUUGACCCAAGCAAAGGUAGCGUUGGUUUCGGCUCUGGUCUGCACGGCUGGGCUUUUACAUUGAAGCAGUUUGCCGAGAUGUAUGCAGAUAAGUUCAAGAUUGACACCAUUAAGCUGAUGAACCGCUUGUGGGGAGAGAACUUCUUCAACCCUACCACCAAGAAAUGGUCAAAAACUAAAGACGCCGACAACAAGCGUUCUUUCAAUAUGUAUGUGUUGGAUCCCCUUUACAAGGUUUUCGAUGCUAUCAUGAACUACAAGAAAGAAGAAACCGAUUCUCUGUUGACCAAAUUGGGCAUCAAGUUGAGCUUGGAAGAUCGUGAAAAGGAUGGCAAGAACCUGUUGAAAGCCGUCGUUCGUCAAUGGCUCCCUGCUGGAGAUACUUUGCUUCAGAUGAUUGCCAUUCAUUUGCCAUCACCUGCUGUGGCCCAGAAAUACCGUACAGAGAUGUUGUACGAAGGUCCUUUGGAUGAUGAAUCCGCUGUCGCCAUGAAGAACUGCGACCCCAACGGCCCUCUCAUGAUGUACAUUUCCAAAAUGGUACCAACCACCGAUAAGGGUCGUUUCUACGCCUUCGGACGUGUCUUCGCUGGCAAGGUCUGCACUGGUAUGAAGGCCCGUAUCAUGGGCCCUAACUACGUUCCCGGCAACAAGGCCGACUUGUACGAGAAAGCUAUCCAGCGUACCGUGCUCAUGAUGGGCCGUUUCGUCGAGGCCAUCGAGGAUGUCCCUUGCGGAAACAUUUGCGGUUUGGUUGGUGUUGAUCAGUUCUUGGUCAAGACUGGUACCAUCUCCACCUUCAAGGAUGCCCAUAACUUGCGUGUCAUGAAGUUCUCCGUUUCACCCGUCGUGCGUGUUGCCGUCGAGCCCAAGAACCCUGCUGAUCUUCCUAAAUUGGUUGAAGGUCUUAAACGUUUGGCCAAGUCAGAUCCUAUGGUCCAAUGUAUCAUCGAAGAGUCUGGAGAACACAUUGUCGCUGGAGCUGGUGAACUUCACUUGGAAAUUUGCCUUAAGGACUUGGAGGAGGACCAUGCUUGCAUCCCACUGAAAAAGUCCGACCCCGUAGUUUCCUAUCGUGAGACAGUUUCGGAAGAAUCUGACCAGGUCUGUCUGUCAAAGUCUCCCAACAAGCACAAUCGUCUGUACAUGAAGGCUGUCCCCAUGCCCGAUGGUUUGCCCGAAGAUAUCGAUAAGGGAGAUGUCAACGCACGUGACGACUUCAAGAUUCGUGGUCGCUAUUUAUCUGACAAAUAUGAAUAUGAUGUGACUGAAGCCCGUAAGAUUUGGUGCUUUGGACCUGACACUACUGGACCCAACCUUCUCAUGGACGUUACAAAGGGAGUCCAAUACUUAAACGAAAUCAAGGAUUCGGUUAUUGCCGGUUUCCAAUGGGCUACCAAGGAGGGUGUCCUCUGUGACGAAAACAUGCGUGGUGUUCGAUUUAACAUUCAUGAUGUCACCCUGCACGCUGAUGCUAUCCAUCGUGGUGGUGGCCAGAUCAUUCCUACUGCUCGCCGUGUCUUCUACGCCAGUGUUUUGACCGCUGCACCUCGCUUGAUGGAACCCGUCUACUUGUGCGAGAUUCAGUGUCCUGAAAAUGCCGUCGGUGGUAUCUAUGGUGUGCUCAAUCGUCGUCGUGGACACGUUUUCGAAGAGUCCCAGGUUGCCGGUACUCCCAUGUUCAUCGUCAAGGCAUAUUUGCCUGUCAAUGAAUCUUUCGGUUUCACCGCUGACUUGCGUAGUAACACUGGUGGACAGGCUUUUCCUCAGUGCGUCUUCGACCAUUGGCAGAUUCUUCCCGGAAGUCCAUUCGAGGCAACAACAAAGCCUGGCCAGGUCGUCACCGAUACGCGCAAACGCAAGGGCUUGAAGGAAGGAAUCCCAGCUUUGGAUUCCUAUCUCGACAAGCUGUAAAGCAAAGGCGAUGCGCAACCAGGGCCCUGUCGAAUUCUCGCUUUUUUUCUGAAUUGGAUUCGAGUAAAAACAAUUUACGCGUUAUUAGGUUUCUGGGUUUAAAUUGCAUUCUAAACAUUCUUGUGCAAAUAUUAUUGAUAUCGAGAAAUACAUGGGCUCUGGACAAAUUUA